GUGAGGCUGAUGUACUGCGUAUCGCCGUCCAAGAACGAUGCCGAGUGAUAAACGGUGCUCGAGUUUGCGAUGCACCGUCGGUGGUGUGACGGUGCAGUGCAAAUUGGUGCUGGUUCUGGUGCUGAUCGCGAUCCUGCCUGACGUCUACACCGAGGGUCAAGGACCGUCCCCGGAUUUCAGUAGGCACACACUGGUCAGACCGCGGGUCUAUCACGGUAGGACCAAGCGGCAGAUCUCGUCGACCAAAGAGAACGAUAUCGAGCACGCGGACGUGUUGACGGUAGGCUUCGAGCUGGACGGGGUGAAACGGGUUCUGGACCUGAGGUUGAACACCGAUCUGAUACCAAUCGGGUACCAGCAGCGUCAUCAACACCAGGGCACCUACAAAGUUCAUACCCCGUCGAAAGUUGAGAUCUGUCACUACCAAGGCAGUGUUCGAGACGUUCCCGGCUCGUGGGUAGCCGUGUCCACCUGCAGAGGUCUUCGUGGCGUUGUCUUCGACGGGGAGAAUCUUCAUCACAUCCAUCCGGAGAGGGAAUCUUUGGACUCGGACCACUACGUCUAUAGGCAGACCGAUCUGGCCGCCAAUCACACCUGCGGUUACGAGGGAACCACGCACCAUGUUCUCGGCCGCGAGCACCGGGGGAUCGUCAACAGAGCCACCAGGCACAAGAGGGCCGCCGAGGUGAUACGAGGGCCCUACAACGCGAACAGACAUUCCCGGUACGUGGAACUGGUCCUGGUGAUCGACAAAAAGGAGUACACAGCCUUCGACGAGAACCUGGACAAAGUGUACCAUCACUGCAAAGAUAUCGCCAAUAUAAUCAACGCGCUCUACAUGCCGCUGAACAUAUUCAUCGCGCUGGUCGGCGUGCAGGUUUGGUCCGACACGGACGAAAUAACGCUUUCCCCAAACGGGGACACAACCCUCUCGAAUUUCCUGCGUUAUCGACGAGAGAAGCUGGUCCAGGAUAUACCGAACGAUAACGCCCAGUUGUUGACGCGGAUCACUUUCGAGGGCGGAGUGGUCGGAAAAGCGCUCAAGGGGCCAAUAUGCACGUACGAGUUCUCCGGCGGCGUCUCCAUGGAUCACUCGCACGUCGUGGGAUUGGUGGCCGCGACCGUGGCCCACGAAAUGGGUCACAAUUUCGGCAUGGAGCACGAUUCCGCUGACUGCGAGUGUCCCGAGGAGAAAUGCAUCAUGGCGUCCUCGAGUGGUUCUUCGGGGCCUACCCACUGGUCGACCUGUUCCCUGGAGCAUCUGGCUCUGGCGUUCGAGCACGGCAUGGACUAUUGUCUUCGGAACAAACCGCAGAAGCUGUUCGAUAGCCCGAUCUGUGGAAAUGGGUUCGUCGAGCCAGGCGAGCAAUGCGACUGUGGGCUCAAGGAAAACUGCGACAAUCCCUGUUGCAACGUGACCACCUGUAUGCUGCACACCAACGCCAGCUGCGCGACCGGUGAGUGCUGCGACCUGAAGACCUGUCGGCCAAAAACCGCGGGCACCGAGUGUCGUAGCGCCGAGCACGAGUGCGAUCUGCCGGAGUACUGCACCGGGCAGAGUGAGUACUGUCCCGUGGACGUGUUCAAGAUGGACGGCGAAGGUUGCAGCAUGGGGAAAGCGUUCUGUUACCAGGGCUCUUGUCGGACCCACAACGAUCAGUGCAAGCUGCUCUGGGGUCCGACCGGGACGUCGUCGGACGCACAAUGCUACGAGAUGAACAACAAGGGCACCAAACACGGGAACUGCGGCUACAACCGGGUCGAGUCCAGCUAUGUCAAGUGCCACGACGAAAAUCUCCUUUGCGGGAUGCUUCACUGUAAACACUUGAACGAGAGGCUCGAGUUCGGUAUGGAAUCCGUCGCGAUUCUUAGUCACUCGUUCAUCAACAACGGGGGGAAGAUAAUACCGUGUCGAUCGGCCAUCGUCGAUCUGGGUCUGAAUCAGGUUGAUCCUGGCCUGGCCCCGGACGGCGCGAAGUGCGCGCCUGGCAAGAUGUGCGUGAAUCAGAAAUGCAUGCCGGUAGCCGAUCUACGCGCCUCCGUGUCCGGUGGGAAAGCUUGCCCGAACAAUUGCGGUGGGAACGGUGUGUGCAACAGUUUGGGCCACUGUCAUUGUAAUCGUGGCUUCCGGCCGCCGGAUUGCACCCAGCCGGGCGUUGGCGGUUCCGAAGACAGCGGUCCAGCCGAGGAUCCGAAUGCGAGAAACGACUUCAUAAUGGCCCUGUACAUUAUCUUUCUGGGGAUCGUACCGAUGGUCGCGCUGUCCUCGUUCGGGGUUUGGUACGUGCGUAACCCGGGCCAGCACUGGAAGAAGGGCAUGAUGUCAACGACCGAUCGCGGCCACAAUGGGCUGUCCAUCAAAACGAUCGAUCGUUCCAGCCCCUUGCCCCGUAACAUCGAAACGAUCGAUUCUAGCCUGAGUCAGGACCCGGCGUGCGCGAGUUUGUUGCCGAAACCGGAGACAGACGAGCGUUACAACAAUAAUCUGUUCGGCCAGUUCAAAGGAUUCACGAUCACGCCUAUCAAGAGUCAAGCGAAGAGCAACGAGCCAACGAAAGCGGCCCCACCGCCGCCAACGAUACCCACGGUGGCGAUCAAGACCAACAUCAAGACCCUGCCGAAGAGCAAUCCACCGAGGAACUCUCUGUUGAACUCGACGUUCAGCUUCAACAACGAUACGUCCGUCACGGCGCCGACGUUGCCGCCGUUGAAUCCAGGUUGUACGGCGCGUCCUCUGAUCAGCAGCCCGGUGUUAGCUGCCACCACUUGCACCUCUGUGGAGUUGGUGACGCCCAAACCACCCGUCAGACCAGGCCUGGACGCGCCAACCAGGCCUGCGCCAGCCCCACCGAUCCAGUCCGAUCUGCAGAAGCCACCCAGACCCAACAGCACGCCGUUGACCAACGUUCUGGUCCCAGAACCAGAGAAACGGCCUGACAAAGGGAGUACUCUGAACAGGCUAGCCUCGAUGCUUCGACCGAAUUCGGGGAUCAUGAAGACGGGGCUGCAGGUGUCGCAGAAAGACGAGAAGAACACGAACUCUUUACCAAGAUCGCAGCACCAUAAAGCGAACAAGGUGAUAGACAAAGAGAUCCUGCGAAAUCUGGAGAUCUCUAAUCCGAUUCCUCAGAGGGAGAUUGAGAUUCCCACGCCAGCGAUACCCGUGGUCUCGGUCACUGACCCGGAGAAGAAGAACGUGGUGUUGCGAGCCCAGUCCAUGAGGGACAGCAAGAUCACACCGCGACCGAAUAUCCAGACGUUCGGCUCGAUGCGUCAAACGACCCCCGUAAAAAGGCCCACAAGCAUCCCAACGAGCACAAGACCAACGGCUCCCCCACCUGGACCACCGACAGCCACGAACCCAGCGGAGAAGAUGAACGAAUCAGGGAAGAUCCCUGGACUACCGGGGUAUCAGAAUCCUCAGGUGAAGACCGCGAAGAAGGUCGACAACGCUUACGACGACUGCAUGAACCUAGUCUCGGAGUCACCGUUAACGAAGAUCACCGAGGAGUCGCCCACCAGCGACAACAUUUACGCGGUCAUAGAGGAGGCCAUACCCGAGAAGAGUAGGAAGAAUCCAAUUGAGAUGGACCAGCAGCGUAUAGACAACGAAUACAAACUGCCUAAACCUGUGGUCGAGACGUCGGCCAAUACGAUUGCCGGCAUGGAGUCGAUGGGUCUUCUAUCGGAAAUCGUGUCGGAGAUAUCGAACCGGAACUUCGACUCCAUAUACUCGACCGCGACCCUGUCACGUAAGACGAAGGAGAACGGAGAGGCGGCAGCUAAGAACGCAGAGGACUUAGGGUCCAACAGCUCGUUGGGCGCCUAUAUGAAUUCGAACCACUACAAAUCGCCCGGCAGCAUAUACUCGAACUCCGCGUCCGGGAAGUUCAAUUCGUCCAGCUCGACGACUAGUUCCGGUUACCUGAAUCCGUCGGCGUUGAACGUGCCGCGGCAGGAGCCGAAGAAGAUCGUCGGGGACGCGAAAUCGGUCGACAACAGUAAACUGGUGUCUUUGAAUUCAACGAAUCCGAACCUGAACGACGAUAUAUCGAAGGAGCUGGGCAUGAAGCCAGCAGAUGACAUCGCGGUCUGCAAACCGCUCGCCUCGCUUAAGACACGAUCGACCCAGCGAGCCACGACCAGCCCGAGAACGAAUGAGGACACGGCGGACGGUAAAGAACCAACGAAACCAGUCCUAGGGAGGACUAAGACGCCACCGAGUAUCGCGAAAGGCUCGAAGGACACGGCAACGUUCAGAUCGAAACAGCAUUUCGAGGGCGGGUCGAAAGGGUCCAGGCAAGGAUCGAACGCAAGUGCAGACGCGACAGCUGCGCAAACUGGUGGUGCCGCGGACAAACAGGAGUCUCCCACGAACGUUAAUAGAUUAUCUUUGAAAACUGUGCCUUGUAGCCCUAAGGAUAACGGGGGGAAGUUCAACAGUCCGGAUCUAGUGUCCAGCUGUUCGAACUCCAAUCAAAUCAGUACAAAAUCGCCGGACGUUCUUGGGAACAACGCGAAGUUCCACUUCCAGCCGAAGAACGUUCAGAAGUUGCCCUUGCUGCCUCGCACUGGCGCUGGAAAGACACCGUCUACGCCGUUGAAACCGUCGAACGUCGCGUCGAAGACGACAAGUGGUCUCACGGAGAGGAAGAAGUCCCCGACGACUGGCGGCGUGAACGUGACCAAAUCGUUCUCCACGAAAGAACCAACCUCGAAGACCGUGCACGCGAAAUCUGGCCAGAAAACGGACACAAAAACCGGGGACACUGGCACGAAAACGAACCCGGUGCAAAGAGCCGCGACAGGCAAGUCGAACGUGGCGUCGCUUCAGCAAAAGUUCGAGGCCAAUAAGAAUGUGAACGCAACGAGGACAGUGCCGCCUGGCGUGCAUAAAAAGACGGUCGGGAAAACGACGGAAACGGCGGGUGUCAAGAAAUAAAACGA